UGUUCUGUCGCUUGAAGAGUGGGGUCAGCUGACUGCAGCAGCAGCGCCAAAUGCUGCUGCUGCUGCACCUGUGGCUGCAGCACCUGCUGCUGUUCUGUCACUUGAAGAGUGGGGUCAGCUGACCGCUACAGGAGAUCCUGCUGCUGCUGCUGCACCUGCUGCUGCACCUGCUGCUGCACCUGCUGCUGCAGCACCUAUUACUGUUCUGUCGCUUGAAAGUUGGAGUCAGCUUACAGCAGCAGCACCAAAUGCUGCUGCUGCACCUGCUGCUGCACCUGCUGCUCUGCCUGCUAGUAUUGGGUCUGUACAAGUUUUGGAUCAGCAGCAGCAGCAGCAGCAGCAGCAACAACAGCAGCAGGUUCUGCUGCUAACAGAAACAGCAGAUCUUUCUGCUGCUCAUUCUGCUGCAGCGCCUACUAUGCUGUCUAUUCAAGGUUUGGGAGGUCAUCAGGAGGUGCUGACGCUGACAGCAGCAGCAGAUCCUGCUGCUGUAGCUGCUGCAUCUGCAACGCCUAUUACCCUAUCGGUUCAGGGUCUGGAUCAGCAGCAGCAGCAGCAGCAGCAGCAGCAGUUUCUGCUGGUACCAGCAGCGGCAGAUUCUGCUUCUACUGUAACUGCUGCUGCACUGCCUUCUGUUAUUUCGAUUCAAGAUUUUACUCGGCAGCUGCAGCUGCAGCAGCAGCAGCAGCAGCAGCAGCAGCAGCAGCUUGUGGUUUUGACCACAGCAGCAGAUCCUGCUGUUGCUGGGCCUGCUGCUGCAGCACCGUCUGUUGUGCCGAUUCAAAGUCUUGGUCAGCUGACAGCAGCAGCAACUCCUGUUGCUGCUGCUGCUGCUGCUGCUGCACCUGGUGUACCGGUUGCCUUUCCGAAGCAACCCGUUGUGUACUUAGGAACAGCAGACCUCUCUGCUGCAACUGCUGCUGCUCCUACUGCUGCUGCUGCUCCUGCUGCUGCUGCUGCUGCAGAAUAUACAGUGUCUACAGGAUCUCAGGGGUUGGGCGCCUUUCCGGUGUUGGUGCAGCAAGGAGAGACUAGCGCUGCUGCAGCAGGCGUAUUAGGGGGAGAGCUCUCAGCAGCAACAGCAGCAGCAGCAGCAGCAGCAACAACAACAACUCCAGCAGGAGAAGCAGCAGCAGCAGCAGGUGUACAAGGAGAUGCUUUACCUCUGGGAAGCUUUCACGUGUGGCUUCCUGUCGAGGAGCAGCAGCUGCAGUUGCGAGUAGAGGAGACGAGAAUUACUUUUGAACCAACAACUACAGCAGCAGCAGCAGCAGCAGCAGCAGCAGCAGCAGCAAGCAGCAGCAGCGUAGUGGAAGAGCUGCCGCAGCUGCCGAUAGACGAUGUAGAGGCCUUCUUUCAGAGUAUUGAAGGGCCUGCAGCAAAGGUACCCCGUAUGUCUCUGAGUGAAGCAGAACCGCAUGCAGCAGCAGCAGCAGCAGCAGCAGCAGCAUCGGCAGCAGCAGCACCAUCAGCACAAGCAUCACCAGCACCAGUAGCUGCAGCAGGACAAACACCAGAAGCAGCAGCAGCAGCAGCAGCAGCAGCAGCAGCAGCAGCAUCAAGGACUGCAGCGGGGAGUGUAGCUAGCAGCAGCCAAACAAGUGCUUCACUUAUGCAGAUGUUUGCGAUCGAAGAGCAGCUAGAGACACACGAGAAAGUAAAACAGUGGUUAGCUACAACAGGCCUAGGUGCUUUUCGUUUAGAGUCACGGAGCAGCACUUCCGGUAAACAGCAGCAGCAGCAGCAGCACCAGCAGCAACAGCAGCAGCAGCAGCAGCAGCAGCAGCAACAGCAACAGCAGCAGCAGCAGCAGCAGCAGCAGCAGCAACAGGAACAGGAACAGCAGCAGCAGCAACAGCAGCAGCAGAAAGAUGAUAGUGAUGAUGAUGUGCUUGUUGACGAUGGAGAAGAAGCAAAAACAGAACAACAGCAAGCGCUGUCUCAGCUUCAUUGUGCUGCUGCUAGCCUGGGCAGCAGUUCGAGGUUAGUAUUUACACCUGCGGUGUCUGAGUGCGGUGCUUUAUGUAAAUAUUAUGAAGGUCAUCCUUUCUAUCGCAUCCCUAUAUGCAAAGAAGAAGAGAUAAUAGCAGCAGGGCCUCUUGAUGUGUCGAUGUUUCUAGGGUAUGUUGAAGGCAUUCCGGGGGGUAUAGUAACCCGAUUAGAACCUUUAAGAGUUAUACUUCUUAAGAAAGAGCUGCAUGCACCAGACAUUGAAAAGCUAGUGUUGCAGGGGCAGCAGCUAACAAGCUAUGCUAGAAGAGGGAUGCUAACCAACUGCAGCAGCAGCAGUAAUAAUAGCAGCAGCAACAGCAGCAACAGCAGCAACAGCAGCAAUAGCAGCAGCAGCAGCAGCAGCAGCAGCAGCAACAGCAGCAGCAGCAGCAAUAGCAGCAGCAGCAACAGCAGCAGCAGCAGCAAUAGCAGCAGCAAUAGCAGCAAUAGCAGCGGCAGCAGCAGCAGCAGCAGCAGCAGCAACAGCAGCAGCAGGUAUGUGUCUUAA